CUCUGUCUCUGUCUCUGUCUCUGUCUCUGCCUCUCUGUUUGGCCGCCUAGCCGCCUCUCACAGCCGACGCGUCUACUGGCUGCCCUCCUGCGGCCAUUGGUCUGUCUCGCUGACCUGCUCGGCCGGGAGGCCAGUGCGUCUGGCUGUCUGGCUACCGUCGGCCCGUCCGCCUGCCUGCCUGCUCGCGUGGCUGAGACUCGCGCCUCGAGUCGCAGUCAGGACGGGCCGGGACUCUGGUCAUAAACCCACGCCUGCCAUGGCGACGUCUGCGUUAACCAACCAACAAAUAAACAAACAUAAAAACAAAACACGAACUAAUAAACAAACAAACAAACAAACAAAUCUAAAACAAAAAACUAACAAACAAACAAACAUAAAAACAAAAAACAAACAAACAAACACUAAAACAAAAACACGAACAAACAAACAAACAAACAAACAUAAAACAAAAAACAAAAAACGAACAAAUAAACAUGCAUAA